CUUGCCUGUGCUGCGCUUCGAGCUAUGUCUCACCGAAUGUGUAUCGCUUUAUAAUGCGAGGUUUCGAGCUCGACGUAGUCGUGCGCGCUGCAGCCAAGUGCCCCUCCAGCCUCGUCGAUCGUUCUUGUACACUCGAACAACUUGGAAGCUCCGUCUAGCUCGACUAUACCGCGACGGAGAUUUCUCUCUCUCUCUCUCUCUGUUAUCGAAAAGUCUUUACUCCUUUUUACGCUGUGCUGCGAGUCUCGCGCGCAGUCCGAGGCUGGCUCGCGUUCACGCAGUUGCCGCCACCGCCACUCGUGCGAAUAUAUAUACCUACACUCUCUUCGAUCUCGGCUCGUGCGUGUGUAUCCGCGCUGUGUUGCGGAGCGCAGUCGCUCGGCGGCACACACUUGUCCUACUCGUGUCCUACUCGCCUCAGCCUCCCUUCAUCUCCUUUUCUUCCUUUUUACCUAAUGGUACAAUGUAAUAUACACUCGUCUGCUACUGCACGUACUCACGGAAGAGAGCAAAAGGAAGGCAAAGCUCCAUUGUGUUUGUUUUCUUGUGUACGUCGUCGAGUUUUGUUAUUGUCUGAGCAUAAUAGUGACCCGCUGACGUCUAUCGGAGUGCACUUGUUCGAGCGAUCGUCUCGGCUUUUGUGUCCGCCAAGUAAAGUUUCAUCGUUUCACGUUGCACCGACGCAAACGGCAAAUGUGUUUCCUACGUCUUGGUUCAUGUUAUUGAUACACGUUGUUGCGCGCGAGUGAUGUACCAGCGAGAUAAGGCCGCAUUAUGCAGCGGAGCAACGGCAGCGGAGCCGACGACGGCUGCGACCACGACACGAGAAAUGAAGAGUCCGUAAUAAGGAUCGCCUAGUGCAUAAUAAUCCCGUCGCGGCUGAUCGUCUCGCCUCGAUCAUCGAAUUGAUCAAGAGCAGGGCCCGAUCGUCGACGCUGGGAAAUGACGGGCCCUAGCCAGGCUUUGGCCAAUCGCAGCUUCUUGUACGGUAACGUCAACGCAGCCUCGUCGCGACUCGUCAACGUCGAUAAUGCACCCGCCGCCGAUGCAGCUGCUCCGCAGGACGCCUCCACCAAACUCAACUACAACAACAACAAUAGCAAGACGGCCCCCAAGAUUUCCACGAACCUCGCUACCGAUCAAGCUGUUAAAGAGAAGCGGAUGCUACACAGCGACGAAGACGAGGCCGACGACGACGGCGACGAGGACGACGAUGAGGACGAGGACGAGGACGAGGAUGACGAGCAAGAAGAAGAGGACAAAAGCAGCAUAUCCUUGAAGCUGAUCGUCCGAGUAGCGGGCUCGAACGAGGCACUAGACCCUCGCGAGAUCGCACGUAUCAUCCGAGAGGGAGCCACGAGCAGAAUCGUCGAUUUGCCGCUCAACCAGUCCAAGACUCGCAAUGGCGUUAAAAGCGGCAAAAAGUCCAUUCCCUUCAUCUACGAACUCGGCGACGAGUUGCCGAAAAGACUCGCCAGGAACAGACGAAGCAAUAACAACAACGAGCUGGAGCAGGAGGAGGGCAGCGACAGCGACACCCUGGGUAGAUCCAGGGACAAGCAAAAAGCCAAGGGUGACUUUGGUUUCGCGAAGAACGUCCUGCACUACGUGCCCAUAACGUCUCGGCGCUACUAUCGAAAGUCGCGCAAUUUGGCGAGCAAGUCCCUGUCGCUCAAGUCGCUGGGCAACCUCGAGGACGGCCAGCCGCCGGCCGAGUUCAGGGCGCGCCUCAAGAGCCGCAGCCUGUCGCGGGACGAGCUCAAGUACCUCACGAUAUCGCGGCCGAGCAAUUUCGUGCACGUGGCCUCGGCCACCCGCGAGCAUCUCAUCAAGGACGUCGAGAGCAUCAAGGGUCUGGAGGACGUGACGGCAGCGAGGUCUAGAGCAGCAGCGGUGGCGGCGGCGGCGGCAGCGGCGGCGGCCGCAGCAGCAUCUGCAGCAGCAGCAACAGCAGCAGCAGUAGCGGAAUCGUCUCUUGUUUCAGGGCCAGAUCAGAAGCAACAGUUCGACGCUGUCGAACUAGAGCGCAAUCGAGACGAUAUCGAGGAGAAAAAGGAGGAAGCGAGCGAGCCGAAACAGGCCACAGUGGCGAGCAGCGCCAACGACAGCUUCCUCUGGCGAAUGGCCAAAGUCAAGGAGGCCAAAGAAGCCGCUGUCCCGAGGAGCACUUGCUACGACGACGUGGGCCCGGCCAGGGACUCGAAAGAAAGUUCAUCGCUGCCGGUGAAUUCGAACAAACAACUGCAGCAGCAACAAACAGCGGUAGACUCGGUGAAUCUCGAGCUGAGAGUGCAACAAAAUACCUACGACGACAUCGGACAUAUUUUGUCCUCGAGCUCGGCAAAAGCACUCGAUGAGCAGCAACGGCAGCAACCUGUCCAGGAGGAAGAGCUUUACGACGAUAUCGGCUCAAAUAGAGGUAAAACGACGUCGAGCGAGCCUGUCAAUAGCGUCGUCGACGAGGAGGCCGCUCUCAGCCCCGACGAGGAUCUCUACGACGAUGUCGCACCUCUGCAGGCUUUCAACAAAGCCAGCAACAACUCGAGCAGCGACUGCUGCGAAAGGAUAAAUAGCCUCUACUUGGAGUCGACGGAUACCUUACAAUUGACGCUCCAAGCUGUCUCGGUCGUCGACAAGGAAUCCGAGUGGGAGGAUCUCGAUGAUUUCGGAGCAUCGGAAAAGCAGAGCCGUUGCAAAACCGCCACGGACAACAGCAACUCUGCAACGCCGGCGAGUCACGUGUGCAAGAAGAAGACGACCGCAGUCGCGCAGCGCUGGUCGAAAAAAGUGCGCCGCCAGCGCUCGCGAGCCUCGCGCAAGAGUUCGGCGAGGUCAACGUCUCGAGGUGGCCGUCCUGCGACGACGAUCGCGCGUCCCGCCGACAACGAUUCCGAUUCAUCGGAUGACAGCAACUACGAGACUCUCGGGACUCGCGGAUUGGACGACUUCAGCAGCGAAAGCGAAGCCGAGCAGGAGUCAUCCGGUCGAUCGGCAACACCGACGAGGCGAGCCUCCGGCCAAGCACCGGUGACGAAUCGCCAGCCGCAGGAUCCGCACUUGUCGCUGAGGGCAGCUCUGGGCCCUCCACCGGUGCCGCCACUGCCCAAGGAGCCGAGUCUCAGUCACACCCUGACGAGACGCAUGAAGAUGCUCAAGCGCACCUGGAGCAUAACCAAGGGCAGUCUGGGCCGCAUGAGGCGGAGAGCUUCGGGCGACGCCGACAGUCAGCCGCAACAGCAGCAGCCGCGGAGCAACAAUAAUCACGCGUCGUCCUCGUCGUCGUCGACCUCGUCGCCCGGAAGCUUCGACGCCGGCAGUUCCAAGUACUUCAGCUUCAAGCGUCAUUUUCGUAAAAAUUCCGGCGUCGGCAUGUCGAGGUUUUACCUGAGCGAGGACCCUGUCAACGGCUGCAGCGACGCCACGACUCGCCAGGACGGCGAAGCUGCCACCGCCGCGAGCGACGAGCCGAUCUAUGCCAACACGGCCGAUUGUUACAGGGACGCAGGAUUGUACAAAGAAAGCGCCGCUGGCGCCAUCGCCGCCGUUACCGACACUUAUUACAGCAACUCGUUCAUCGAUCAUUACAGUGUAUUAGCCGAGGAGCCGCUCUAUCAAUUUUACACGGCCGACGCAACGAGGGUAGCUUUCGAAUCCGACUCCGAUCCCUACGAGGAGGUGGAAGAAAUGACGCCGUCAUCGGCCACGACCGAUCUGGCAAAGAAUGGUCACAGGACACUCUGGUGCCAAACGCCUCAAGUCAUCAGCAGCGGCCUCUUGCAACGACUGAACAUGGAGGAGCGCAAGAUACAAGAGGCGAAAUUCGAAAUUCUCACGUCGGAGGCCUCGUACCUGAACUCGCUGCGGGUGCUGGAAAACGAGUUCGCCAGCAAUCCGGAGCUGUGCAACGAGAUACUGAGCCCCGGGGAGCGCGACAAGCUGUUCGGCUCGGUGCCGGAGGUGCUGGUCGCCUCGGAGCGCUUCCUGGCGGAGCUCGAGCAGGUCUGGCGCGAGGACCCGAUGCUGGCCAAGCUGGCCGAGCAGCUGCUCAAGCACGCCGACCGCAGCGCCCAGGUCUACGUGAACUACUGCUCGAACCAGGUGAGCAUCGACACUCAGCUCAAGGAGUUGAGAGCCAAGAAGGGAUACCGAUUUCUCGAGGUGGUCUCGCGCAUCGAGUCCAAUCCGGCCUGCCACAGCCUCUCGCUCCACUCGUUCCUCAUGCUGCCCAUGCAGCGGAUCACGAGGCUGCCCUUGCUGGCCGACGCCGUCCUCUCGAGGCUCUCGGUCGAGCAUCCCGAGCGCCUCAAGUGGGAGCUCGUGCUGGCGAGCCUCAGCCACACCGUCUUCAAGUGCAACGAGGCUGCCAGGCUGGCCGAGCGACGCAACGAGAUCGAGGCCUUGUCCAGGAAAUUGGAGUACUCGGAUAAAAUAGCACCUUUAUCGCUGGCGGAUCGAGAGCUGAUUCGCAGUGGUACAGUCAUUCAUUUGUCCAUCAAGUCCGACGACAAAAAGUUGACUUUCGGCAAAAAGUUCCACAAAACCCCUCUGAUGCUGUUCCUGCUCACCGAUUAUCUUCUAGUCACCAAAUUGAAAACAAACUCGAGCGAGGAGACUUACAGCGUCCUGGAGAUGAGCAAGCGCAGCAUGGUGGAGCUCGAGCCGGCCCCGGAGGACUCGCCCUUCGCCGGACGACACGCCAUGGUGCUGACGCUGCUGGAGAAUCACGAGGGCCGACAGAGCCAGUACGUGCUGACUUGCGACAACGACACCGAGCGCAAGCGAUGGCUCGACGCCGUCUCGCCGCCCAAACCGACUACCCUCGGCGAGACCCUCUACGAGUCCUGGGACUGUCCCCAGGUCAUGGGGAUCUACGCUUACGCCCCGAGUCAGCCCGACGAGUUGGCCUUGUAUCCUGGUGUUACGGUAAACGUACUGCGAAAAAUGGUCGACGGCUGGGUCUACGGAGAGAGAUUGUUGGACGGUGAACAGGGUUGGUUCCCCGGCAAUUACACAAAGGAGGUUGUUUCGGAGCACGUCCGAGCCCGAAACCUGCGGCAAAGGCAUCGCUUUCUUGCUUUGAAUGGCAGCGUACUGCAAAAACGAGCCAAGCAGUCCUUGUCUUUGCUCUGAUACUCUGCUUCACAAUUAUUUUUACAC